GGUUAGGGUUUGGUAAAGUAGGUAAGUAUAAUUUGGUGUUAUUCAAAAAUUAGUGGCGUGUAUUGGGAGAAAAUCAAAAUAUUCAACUUUGUGUGAGGUGUGAACUAAGCAAAUGUAAGGAAACGGUGUGAACAAAAACAAAUCUCAGCGCUACAUUUAUUUCACUUUUGACGUGGCAGCUUCACAACAAAAGAAGUACAGUUACAUAUUAUCAAGUGCAAGGGUUUGAAAGACGAGUAGAAAAAUCUUAGCUGAAAACAAAAACCAAAGUUGCCUGAUUCUGAAUACCAUUCUACACUCUCUCUCACUCCAGUGCAGAUUAUGUCAUUUGUUGUUCAAGUGCCUCAAACUUCCAUUCAAGGAUUCAAGAACUGUGCCUCCUUAUUAUUUCAACGAAGGAGAUGUGCUAGAUAUGUUUCUAGAAAGCAGAGAUCAACUAUUCCAUUGUUGUCAAUUGUGUCCCAACACAAUGGACUUCCAAUCUUGGUGAAUGGUUGUACUGGUAAGAUGGGGAAGGCAGUUAUAGAAGCAGUUGCUUCGAAAGGAAUUCAUCUUGUUCCUAUAUCAUUUAGCAGAAGUAAUGAGUCUGGGAAAAUUGUGCAAGUGGGUGGAAAAGAGAUUCAGUUGUAUGGUCCUUCUGAAAGAGAAAGCGUUUUAACAUCUGCCUUUGAGGAGUAUCCAAACUUGAUUGUGGUGGACUACACAGUGCCUACUUCAGUGAAUGAUAAUGCAGAGUUAUAUUGUAGAGUUGGGGUGCCCUUUGUAAUGGGAACUACUGGUGGAGACAGGGAGCGGUUGUAUAAAACUGUAGAAGACUCAAAAGUUUAUGCUGUGAUCUCACCUCAAAUGGGAAAACAGGUUUUAGCAUUUCUUGCAUCAAUGGAAAUUAUGGCUGAGCAAUUUCCAGGGGCCUUCUCUGGAUAUUCCCUGGAGGUGAUGGAGUCUCACCAAGCAAGCAAAUUGGACACGUCUGGAACUGCCAAGGCUGUCAUUGCAUGCUUUAAAAAGCUGGGAGUCUCCUUUGAAUUGGAUAAGAUACAACGAAUCCGCGAUCCAAAGCAACAAAUGGAGAUAAUGUGUGUGCCAGAGGAGCAUCUAUCUCGUCAUGCAUUCCAUUUGUAUCAUCUGACAUCACCCGAUCAAACUGUUUCCUUUGAGUUCCGGCAUAAUGUUUGUGGCAGCUCAGUGUAUGCUGAGGGUACUGUAGAUGCUGUAAUUUUCCUCUCUCAAAAGGUUCAGUCAAAAGCAGAAAAGCGGAUCUACAAUAUGAUUGAUGUCUUGCGGGAGGGCAACAUGCGAUGACAGUUGGGUUUUGUUUGUUUGCAGUGAUGGUUUUGAUUAUUGAGGUUCUAUUUUUGUGGGCAGAACAGUAGAAUUUUAUGGAUGAUGCUUAUGAGGGAAUUUCCUGAACAAAUGUUCGGGGUUUUAACCCCUUAAUGGUGUAGAUGAUGAGAUUCAACUGCUAUUUGGUUCCUCCCCAAUUUCUCUCAGCAGAUAGUGACAGACCGGCGGAUCUGGUGGUCGAUAAUUGUUCGGACUUGGUAAAGGUUGUCGCAGCACCUGUAGUAGGACAGAGGACUUAUUCUCUAGUCUACUAGUUUUUUUUUCUA